CUCCGUGAUGAAAAUCAGAGGAAGGAAACUGACCUGCAGAGACAGACGGAGGAGACCAACAACAAGAAGACACAAGGGGCAAGCCAACAUGUCAACACCAACCCAGCUGGCAAAAACUCAACAGAGGUCUUUGUGGAGGUCGACCCAGAUGGAAGAUAUCUCCGUCUCACCAACGAGUCUAAAGAGGACCUGAAACUGGAAGGCUGGAAGUUACGAGUGAAGGUCAACGACCAAAACCCCAUCAUGUACACAUUUGAGAAGUCAUGUAAACUCAGAGCUAAGAAGAAAGUCACUAUAUGGGUCCCAGAUUUUGGUAUCCAUUCUCCUCCCUCUGACCUGAUAUGGAUGGACCUGAAGCGUUGGACCAAAGGAGACAAACUCCUCGUUGAGCUCAUCAACUGUGAUGAAGAGAUUGUGAAAACCACUGAAACACAAGAUGCAAACAAACAAAAAGACACCAACCUGGCUGGCAAAAACUCAACAGAACUGCGAGUUAAUGUGGAGAUCGACCCAGAUGGAAAAUAUCUCUGUCUCAACGAGUCAAGAGAGGACCUGAAACUGGAAGACUGGAAGUUACGAGUGAAGGUCAACGACCAAAACCCCAUCAUGUUCACAUUUAAGGAGUCAUUUACACUCAAAGCUAACAGGAGUGUCACUAUAUGGGCCCAUGGUUGUGAUCCCUAUUAUCCUGGUCCCUCUGAGCUGGCAUGGAAUGAACUGAAGCGUUGGGCCAAAGGAGACAAACUCUUCGUUGAGCUCAUCAACUGUCAUGAAGAAAUCGUGAAAACCACUGAAGCACAGGGGACAAGUACACAUAGAGACACCAACCUGGCUGGCGAAAACUCAACAGAAGUACGAGUUAAUGUGGAGAUCGACCCAGAUGGAAAAUAUCUCUGUCUCAACGAGUCAAGAGAGGAAGUGCUACUGGAAGGCUGGAGGUUACGAGUGAAGGUCAACGAUGAAGACCCCAUCAUGUUUACAUUUAAGGAGUCAUUUACAAUCAAAGCUAACAGGAGUGUCACUAUAUGGGCCCAUGGUUGUGAUCCCUAUUAUCCUGGUCCCUCUGAGCUGGCAUGGAAUGAACUGAAGAGUUGGGCCAGAGAAGACAAACUCUUCGUUGAGCUCAUCAACUGUCAUGGAGAGAUUGUGAAAACCACUGAAGCACAAGGGAGAAGUAAACAUAAAGACAACAACGUGGCUGGCAAAAACUCAACAGAAGUACGAGUUAAUGUGGAGAUCGACCCGGAUGGAAAAUAUCUCUAUCUCAAUGAGUCAAGAGAGGACCUGCUACUGGAAGACUGGAGGUUACGAGUGAAGGUCAAUAAUGAAAACCCCAUCAUGUUCACAUUUAAGGAGUCAUUUACACUCAGAGCUAACAGGAGUGUCACUAUAUGGGCCCAUGGUUGUGAUCCCUAUUAUCCUGGUCCCUCUGAGCUGGCAUGGAAUGAACUGAAGUGUUGGGCCAAAGGAGACAAACUCUUUGUUGAGCUCAUCAACUGUCAUGAAGAGAUCAUAACAACCACUGAAACACAAGGGAGAAGUAAACAAAAAGACACCAACCUGGCUGGCAAAAACUCAACAGAACUACAAGUUAAUGUGGAGAUUGAUCCAGAUGGAAAAUAUCUCUGUCUCAACGAGUCUAAAGAGAUAUGGGCCAAUGGUUGGGGUACCUAUUCUCCUCCCUCCGACCUGAUAUGGAAGGACUUGCAGUGUUGGGACAAAGGAGACAAACUCUUCGUUGAGCUCAUCAACUGUCAUGAAGAAAUUGUGAAAACCACUGAAGUAUAAUAAUCAGCCCAGCUUCCACACAGUGUUUUAGUUUAUCUUACAGUUACUUUUUUUGAUCCUUUUAAACUACAAUAUUCUCCCUGUUUACCAACUUUCAUCACCAACUGUGGGAUGCGAGGAGUUUAUAAUUCAAAUACUGAAUGUGAAUAAUAACUUGAAAACACCAAAAUGAUCAUGACGAC